CACAGGACACAUCACAGUGUCUUUCCCGGGAGCAGAGUAAAUCCGAGCUGCUGCACUGGAGAUUUGAGCCUGACGCGUCCCUGCUCUCUGAAAGGGACAAAACCAACACCCACAAAAACGGAAACGCAUCGAGGGAGCUCUGUUUCACCUUUAUAAAGACGGCUGGAUGGUUGUAUUCCCCUCCAGGAGUGGAUUGAAGGGAAUUUCAUUCUGAACACGAGGGGGGGAGAAUGUCCAAAAUGGAAGUAAAGACGUCACUUCUCGACAACAUGAUAGGGGUGGGCGACAUGGUCCUGCUUGAGCCCCUGUCAGAGGAAACCUUCAUCGAGAACCUCCGGAAGCGCUUUCAGCACAAUGAAAUCUAUACAUAUAUUGGUAGUGUGGUUAUUUCAAUGAACCCCUACAAGUCCCUGCCGAUCUACACAGCAGACAAGGUGGAAGAAUACCGCAACAGGAACUUCUACGAGCUCAGUCCUCACAUUUAUGCUCUGGCAGAUGAAGCAUAUCGGUCUCUUCGGGAUCAAGAUAAAGACCAGUGCAUCCUCAUAACUGGAGAAAGCGGUGCAGGAAAGACUGAGGCCAGCAAGCUGGUGAUGUCAUAUGUGGCAGCGGUGUGUGGCAAGGGCCAGGAAGUGAACAAAGUGAAAGAACAGCUGCUACAAUCCAAUCCUGUACUAGAAGCUUUUGGGAAUGCCAAAACUGUGAGGAAUGACAACUCCUCCCGAUUUGGGAAGUAUAUGGACAUUGAGUUUGACUUCAAAGGAGAUCCAUUGGGCGGCGUCAUCAGUAACUAUCUUUUGGAGAAAUCUCGUGUUGUGAAGCAGCCAAGAGGAGAGCGGAACUUCCACAUCUUUUACCAGCUGUUAUCUGGAGCAUCAGAUGAAACACUUAAAAAACUAAAGUUGGACCGGGACUUCAGCAAAUAUAAUUAUCUAAGUCUUGAUUCUGCCACAGUCAAUGGACUUGAUGAUGCUGCAAAUUUCAGGACUGUUAGGAAUGCUAUGCAGAUUGUGGGGUUCAUGGAGGAUGAAGUGCAGUUGGUGCUGGAGCUGGUGGCUGCUGUGCUCAAGCUGGGCAACAUAGAGUUCAAGCCCGAGUCACGUGUCAACGGCUUCGAUGAGAGCCGGGUUAAGGACAAGAACGAUCUGAAGGAGAUGUGUGAACUGUUGGGCAUUGAUCAGUCAGUGUUGGAACGAGCCUUCAGUUUUCGCACUGUGGAAGCGAAGAUGGAGAAAGUGUCCACAACACUCAACGUUGCUCAGGCCUAUUAUGCACGUGAUGCACUUGCUAAGAACUUAUACAGCCGCAUGUUCAGUUGGCUGGUGAACCGAAUAAAUGAAAGCAUCAAGGCUCAGGUGAAAGUCCGGAAGAAGGUUAUGGGGGUCCUGGAUAUUUAUGGUUUUGAGAUCUUUGAGGACAACAGCUUUGAGCAGUUCAUCAUCAACUACUGCAACGAGAAGCUUCAGCAGAUUUUCAUUGAGCUAACCCUGCGUGAGGAGCAGGAGGAGUAUGUGCGUGAGGGCAUUGAAUGGACCAACAUUGAGUAUUUCAACAAUGCCAUCAUCUGUGACCUCAUUGAAAAUAACCAGAAUGGGAUCUUGGCAAUGCUUGAUGAGGAGUGUCUGCGGCCCGGGACUGUGACAGACGAGACCUUCUUGGACAAGCUCAACACUGUUUGUGCUGAACAUCAGCACUUUGAGAGCCGUCUGAGCAAAAACUCAAAGUUCCUCGCAGACCACAGCUUGCCUCAUAGCUGCUUCCGUAUCCAACACUAUGCCGGCAAGGUGCUGUAUCAAGUAGAGGGCUUUGUGGACAAAAACAAUGACCUGCUAUACAGAGACCUGUCCCAGGCUAUGUACAAGGCCAACCACAGCUUGAUGAAAUUACUUUUCCCAGAGGGCAACCCUGCUAAAGUCAACCUGAAGAGACCUCCUACAGCUGGAUUUCAGUUCAAAGCCUCAGUGAGCACACUCAUGAGGAACUUGCAGGCCAAGAACCCGAACUACAUUAGAUGCAUCAAACCCAAUGACAAGAAGUCAGCCCAAAUCUUCACAGAUUCACUGGUGUGCCACCAAGUGCGCUACCUGGGCCUGAUGGAGAAUGUACGUGUUAGACGGGCAGGAUAUGCUUUUCGCCAAGCUUAUGAACCCUGCCUGGAGCGCUACAAGAUGCUCUCCAAGCAGACUUGGCCCCAUUGGAAAGGCCCUGCCAGGAAAGGUGUGGAGGUUCUUCUGAAAAACUUGGAGGUACCUGAAGAGGAGUUUGCCUAUGGGCGCUCAAAGAUAUUUAUCCGGAAUCCCAAAACUCUCUUUUUCCUGGAGGCGAAAAGAAGGCAGUGUCUGGAGAACUUGGCUACACUCAUCCAGAAGAUCUAUCGUGGCUGGAAGUGCCGCAAACAUUUCCUGCUGCUGAAGAAGAGCCAGGUGGUGGUGGCCGCGUGGUACCGCAGAUACGCUCAACAAAAGAAAUACCAGAAGAUAAAGAGCUCCUCCGUAGUGGUUCAGUCUUUCAUCAGAGGAUGGAAGGCUCGCAAGUUGCUGCGUGAACUGAAAUACCAGAAGAGAUGCAAAGAGGCAGUGACCACUAUUGCAGCCUAUUGGCAUGGAACACAGGCUCGCUGGGAACUGCAGCAACUGAAGGAGGCGAUUCGGAAUAAACGCGCUGUGUCUGCCAUUUGGGCAGCUUGGUUGGGAAUGAAGGCUCGGAGAAAACUGCAGGCCUUAAAGCGUGAGGCUCGGAGAAAACGCGCUGUGUCCAUCAUUUGGGCCGGCUGGCAAGGAACUAAGGCACGCAGAGAGCUAAAACGGCUGAAGGAGGAGGCCAGGCGUAAGCAUGCUGUUGCUGUCAUUUGGGCCUUCUGGUUGGGACUCAAGGUCCGAAGGGAAUACAGGAAGUUCUUCAGAGCGAAUGCUGGAAAGAAGAUAUACAACUUCACUAUCCAGAGAAUUAUACAGAAGUAUUUCAUUGCUUUGAAGAAAACAUUGCCUUCAAUGUCACCAAUUGAUAAGAGCUGGCCACCAAGGUCUUACCUGUUCCUGGAGGGAACACAUGAGGAACUCCGAAAGAUCUUCCAUCUAUGGAGGUGCAAGAAAUACAGAAGCAUGUUCACAGAAGAGAAGAAGGCCAUCUAUGAGGAGAAACUGGACGCAAGUAAGAUCUUCAAAGGCAAGAAGGCUCUGUACCCCAGCAGUGUGAGGCAGCCUUUCAAAGGAGAUUAUCUGGAGAUUAAAAAAAACCCUAAGUACCAGAAACUCAACAGCGUGGUAGAUGAGAAGGUCCUUCUUGCAGAUGUGGUCAAUAAAAUCAACAGGGCCAAUGGCAAGGGUGCUUCCAGAAUCUUCCUCCUCACCAAGAAAAACUUUGUUCUGGCUGAUCCGAAAACGGGUCAGUUAAAGGCCAGCGUACCGCUUCCUGAUCUUGCCAGUGUGUCUGUCAGCACACAGAAUGACUGCUUCUUUGCUCUCAAACUCAAAGAGGGCACUGCAUCUGCAGCCAAAGGUGACUUCUUGCUGAGCAGUGAUCGAUUAAUAGAGAUCAUCACCAAGCUCUAUCGCACAGGAGCUGCUUCUGCCGAUAUGGAACCAAUUGGUGUUGACAUCUCAGAUGAAUUCCUUGUGCAAUUCAAGCAGGAUAAAGUGUGUGUCAAAUUCAUCCAAGGCGGCCCCAAGAGCAGCAAUCAAGUCAGCUGCAAGCGUAAAAACAACCGGCUUCUGGAGGUGUCCGUUCCAUCUCCAUAAAGACCAAUCAUCUUCACUCCCUCUCAGGGUGCCAUUUGUGUGACUCUUCACUGUCCAACACGCGUUUUAAACACAGUUCCCAAAUGACUGUGCAAUUAUGUUAUUGUCAUAUCUUAUAUUUUUAAAGACUUAAUCAGUGCAUUGUUGAGACUUAAAUAUUCCACACAGCAGUAUUUGGGUACAUAAGGCAGACCUCAUAUUUACCAUGGGAUAGAGAUCGGAGGUAAUGCUUCCCACCCAAGACCGGGAGGAGUGCAUUUAAAUGUCCUGUUUAAUCAAAGCAUUGCUAGUAACGGUUGUAAUUAUGAUGCUAUAGGUGUUUGUCAUGCAGUGUCUGGGCAUCAUGUACAUGUGAAUGGGUGAAGUGCUGUACACAUAGAUUGCAAGCAAGACUUUGUUCAAUUUCCAGAUCACUGCUGAAAAAAUCCAAAACUAAGGUUGCACUUGUUUUGUUUAUACAAGGGUAAGAAAAUACAUAUUGAUUGGUUUGUCUUUGCUUUUUUUUUUUGGUGUCCCCUUCCCUCCCCCCUACACUUCUUCUUUUUUUUUUUUUUUUUUUUUUUUUAAUUCUCACAGACCAUGAUCUUUUAUCUAAUUUGCCAAAGAUUUAUAAUUUUGCAACAGUUCAUCCUUUCUGGUAGACCUUAUUCAUAAUACAUUACCCUUAUUUACUCAGCCAAAUAACUUGUAAUCUCAUCAGUCUGAAGGUACACUCAGAAACCCCAAAGGCCUUUUGAGUCAUGUGUUUGAUCAAAAUGUACUAUUUCAAAAUAGAAAAUAAUUUUGUAUACUAUGUAUUUUUUCAAAAUGGUGUAGAUCUUGCUCUUGUGCAAAAUGCAGUAUAACUGCAGCCCAAACUUAUGUGCACAAAGUGGCAGUAUACAACGAUCCCAGGUUUCAUCUCGCAGAGGAUUCUGGUUCUUCACCCUGCAUGUUUAGGAAAUAUCUGUGAAACUGACAGCUACAGCGUUCAGGAAGACCUUGCAGAAAAGCACAAGACCACCAAGUCCCCCACAACAUGCUUGACAUUCUCAGUUCUCUGAAUGGAGCGAUGUCUGUUCAUUCAAGAACCUGAUCAGUGCUUUUGGCAUGCUGAACUGCUUUUAAAGGAAAGAUUUUGUCUGAUGUCUAUCUUCAGGAAAUGACCAAAAGGAAGCUAAGCUGUGCUGUUUCCCCAGAAAAAAGUGUAGAAUGAGGAUGUCCCAUGUUGCUUAAUUACGCAUAACUGCAUGUACACUAGCCAAUUCAUAAAAACUACAGGGAUGAUUUUCAGGAAACCCCAUUUUGUGUAUGUAGAAGGUUUAAUAAUAGCUGAUAUUUAUUUACUUCAUUUCUUAUUUUUCCACAUUCUCACCAUUUGCAAUAUGGGUGGUUUUAUUUUAUUUUUAGCUGACAAAUGGUAUAUGCAGUGAUUUUUGCUUGGGACUAAUCCAGAUGUUUGAGUGAACAGUACUAUACGUUGAAUGAUUUCAAAUGUUGGAAUGCUAACACCGUAUGAUCUACACCACCGAAUCACACCGGUAAACUAUAUGUUCGGUUUAAGCUUUUGCCACUGAUCAGGAAAGAGGCUGCUUUGCUUUUGAAUAUAUGUAAUAUAUGUUCUCUUUUUAUUCUUCAGUGGACAUUUUGUGGUGUUAAAUUUAUGAAGGUCUUGGCAAACAUUUUUGAAGGCACAGCCCCUGGGAGAAGAUUUAACAUUUUGCUUCUGCAGGUGUUUAAUAAUUUUCAAGCUUUUAAGAUGAUCAUGUAAUUUUACAGUAGUCAAGACAAAUAGAUUAUUGUUCCCUUUUCAUGAGGGAUGCAUGGAGAAAUUGUGCAAAUUUACUUAUGUUCUUUGAUGGUGUACAGUUUCAGUCUUCAAUGCAGUAUACUAGAGUUAAUCUUUUUUUUGUGUGUGUGUGUCAGGAAGUUCAAGAGAAAAGAACUGUCUAUUUUUCACUGCCUAAAUGUAGCCUGGUAUAUCAAGAGAACAUGGAUGUGUUUCUAUAAUGACAAAUGCAACAAAUUAAAAGCAGUUUUGUUAAUUAAAGUAACAAAUUAAUAAGCAAAUUAA